UCCUUCCUACCCCAACAACAAUGGUGAACGUUCCAAAAACUAAGAAGACAUACUGCAAGUCAAAGGAAUGCAAAAAGCACACGUUGCACAAAGUUACACAGUACAAGAAAGGAAAGGAUAGCCUUGCAGCUCAAGGGAAGCGUCGUUAUGACCGCAAGCAGUCUGGUUAUGGUGGGCAGACAAAACCCGUCUUCCACAAGAAGGCCAAGACCACCAAGAAGAUUGUGCUAAGGCUGCAAUGCCAGGGUUGCAAACAUGUGUCCCAACACCCAAUCAAGAGGUGCAAGCACUUCGAAAUUGGUGGAGAUAAGAAGGGCAAGGGAACUUCACUCUUUUAAGUUGCGAGAGAUGUUAUCGUUUAUCUUUGUUUCGUGCUGUCCUUUUUUUCAAAAUGAUGUUAGCUCAACAGAGUUUCGUUUGCUUGAUGAACAACUUAUGUCUGUUGCAAAAUACUGGUGUUUCGAGUUUUAAAUUUUGAAAAUAUCUGCUAUUUCUUUUCA